GAGAGCAAAUGAAUAAAUGUGUAUAUAUAUUUGUUGUGUGUUUAUACAAAGGGAGCUUAGCUCUCUAUUUAUAGACUGAUAUUGGGCAUGCCAUGCGAGACGCGAGGCACCGAAAGGCAAGGCUAAUGCUUUAGCCGAAAGGAACAAACACAAUGAUAACAAAGGCACAAAGGCGCCGAAAGCUGAUGCUAUAACAAUUAUAUACAAAGUAUAAUAAUAUACUAACAUAUAAUUUGGAAACUAAACUAGCAUAAAGCCUGUGAUUUUAAAAGAAACCCAGAAAUUUAUUUUCCAAAAUCUGUAAUGGACAAUUUUUGACAAACAGUGUGUUUGAAUAGGCAAAUUCACGGACAAUAUCUUCUUUGUGGCCUUUUCCAAGGCACCUAACCUCAUGGUCAUAACUGAGAGAUUAUUACAACACAACGGUUAUCAAGUUCCCCAGUUUCAAACAGAUGAAGAGGCAAUGAAUCAAUUGGAAAGCAUGCUGAAACGAAUAGGACAACCUAUAUUGCUAGUCUUGGAUGAUGUGUGGUUUGGAUCGGAGUUCCUUGUUGAGAGGUUCAAGUUCCAAAUAUCAGAUUACAAAAUCUUGAUUACAUCCAGAUCUGUAUUUCCAAGAUUUUCUUCAACAUAUAGAUUGACCUUGUUGAAAGAUGAACAAGCCAUGGCUCUUUUCUGUCAUUUAGCAUUUCCACAAGGUGGGAGCUCCUCCUACAUACCAGAUGAUCUUGUUAACAAGAUAGUGAGAGGCUGUGGAGGGUUCCCUUUGGCCCUUGAAGUGGUUGGCAAAUCCCUCAAAGGAGAAUCUGAGGUCACCUGGAACAAUAGGCUGAACCGGUGGUCUGAAGGGCAAUCUAUUUUCUAUUCUGACGCAGCACCAAAUGGAGCCACUGAUUUACUUAAUCGUCUCCAAACCACCUUAGAUGACUUGGAUGUAAAAAUCAAGGAGUGUUACUUGGACCUGGCUGCAUUUCCUGAGGACCAAAGGAUCCCUGCCAUGGCACUUGUGGACAUGUGGGUGGAACUUUACAACCUUGAUGAAGUUAGUGCCUUUGCCAACAUCCAUGAACUGUCUGAUCGGAAUCUCCUCAAUCUUGUACCUACAAGGAAAGAUGCAAACGAGAUCAAUGGCUACUACAAUGAGCAUUUUGUCACGCAGCAUGAUCUACUUAGAGAGGUAGCUACCCGCCAGAUUGACCAAAAUCCCAUCCACCAGAGUAGAUUAAUAAUGGACAUCAGUGGCAAUGAUCUUCCCAAGUGGUGGAUUGAACAAGGGCAGCAUCCUAUCCGCCUUGUGUCUAUAUCCACAGGUGAAAUCUCAAACGGGCACAACAUGCAACUAAGUAAAGUUGAAGUUCUACUGCUGAACAUCCAAAUAAGGAACUACACCUUACCUCAGUUGAUGGAGAAAAUGGAUCAAUUGAAGGUUCUGAUCGUCACCAACUACAGUUUUGGCUCAGCUGAGAUCAGCAACUUUCCACUACUUGGACAUUUAUCCAGUCUAAAGAGAAUCAGAUUCGAGCAUAUUUCAAUCUCUUCCAUUGCUAAAACCAUGCUACGACUAAAAAAUUUGCAGAAAAUAUCCUUGGUUAUGUGCAAGUUUGAUGACGCUUUUGGGAACUGUACUAUCCAGAUUGCCGAUAUGUUGCCAAAUCUUGUGGAGAUUGUUAUUGACUGUUGCAAUGAUUUAGUGGAAUUUCCAGCAUGGCUCUGCAAUAUCAGCAGCCUUAAGAGGCUUAACAUCACCAACUGUCACGAGCUCAUUGCACUUCCUGAAGCAUUUGGAAAGCUAGAUAAUUUAGAAGUGCUAAGGCUUCAUGCCUGCACAAAACUUUUGGAGCUGCCCGAGUCAAUUGGAAGACUCCAAAAAUUUAGAUUUCUUGAUUUGUCUGACUGCAUAAGCAUAAGUAAAUUGACUGAACGGAUGGGGGAGUUAUCCAGUCUAAGAAAGCUGAACAUGAGAGGUUGCCGUGGAUUGUCAGAGUUGCCAUCCUCUGUGAAGAAUCUUAGGCAAUUGGAGGAUUUGAUAUGUGAUGAAGAAACUGGUUAUCUCUGGGAGAAUUAUAAGAUUCAUCUCCCCAAUCUGAAGUUUCAUGUGCUUAAAGAAGACGUCAACCUAGACUGGCUUAAAUGAUAUUCAUCCUUAAUGAGCCUUCACCGAGUUGAAGAUUUUUUAUUCCGUGCGGAAACAUAAACCUGAAAUGGCUCACAAUCUUUGUUGCAGAAGCUAAAAAAAUUCAUGUUCUUUUGAAGAGUUCCUUCUGGGAGAAUGACUUGAGCACUUGAUUAUGCUUUUGUUUUUCGUUCUGAUGCCUAUGUGUAUGAAGCUAUUAACUGUAUUGUAUCGUGUACAAACACAAUUUCAAAAUUCUUAGACAAUGAUGUAAUGCUAUGAAUUGAAAUUGUUGAAAGAUCAAUUACCAAAAAUUUUGGAAAUACUUAUCUUGAUGUAACCAAAAUUUUGUAUCGGAUUUGGUCCUAUUUUCCUCAGCAUGAAUUCCAAUUCGGUUGAUUGCCUCUUGCAUCUGUUUGAAA